UCUUCCAUUGCUCUGUUCUCCUUGUCGAUGAAGAACAGCGGUGGCACGCUUCUGGUCACUCGCUCCUCGCACUGUGUCCCCGAUCCGCCUGGGAGGCACCUGCACGUGGCCGACUUGCUCUCCUCUACCUCAGCUCGCCGUCCUCCUGUCGUCGCUUAGUGGCAAGACCACCACAACGCCGCUCGCUCUCCUACCAGAUCUCUGCAGAGCGCCUCCUCCUGGAUGACCCCGCGUGUGCGCCGCCCGCCGCUUCACACGUCAGCGCCGCCACCUUGCUGCCGUCCCGGAGAGCCUCCCGACAGCCACCGCUGGCCUCUCCAUUCUGUCCCGCGCCUGGCUGCCUUCCACCUCGCUCUGCUUCUGUAACGCCGCCUCCGCGCCAGCAAGUCCCGACACCGGCGAGCCAUUGCCCUUUGGGUGAUGUGGUGCUCCCUCGUCUGCGCCUGUGGCGGGCCGGCUGGUGCUGGGAUUAGGCGCGCACUGCGGCCUCGGCUACAAUUUUUGACUGGCUAGUCUUGUUUCCGCUCAGGUCUCUUGCAGCAUGUAGUUAAUUGUAGGGCGAUCUUGCACAGUUCUAUCUGAUGUACUGCAUAGUCCAAGUCUUUCCAGACGAAUACCAUCUACAGACAUUGGAAACAUUGUUGAGCGCCUUUCCCCAGCUACAGGCUACAUAAGCGACUGUAUUGAAAAUCUAAGGCUCCAACACCCCUUCGCUGACCCCCUGCCUGCCGGGUUGCCGGACAGAAUUUUGUUGAGGCCAACCACAUCACAAACGGCACACAGGUAAGCCAAAAUGCCCAAGCCUCAUCUGAAUUUCUAAAUUCCAUGCCAACAAGAGUGUAUCAGCCUCUUCUUCCCUCUCUGUUACUUCUUCCAUUAGAAGAAGGAAUGCUUGAUCAGAGUUCAGCAAGCUGCUUCUUUCAUCAGAAAAAGGGAUGCCUGAUCCGAGUUCAGCAGGCUGCUUCUUUCAUCAGAAAAAGGGAUGCCUGAUCCGAGUUCAGCAGGCUACUUCUUCGAUGAGAAAAAGGGAAAUUUGAUCAAGUUCUAAAGCAAUCUGAUGGUGGAAGUUUAAUCAAUUUCAGUGUUUUAUUCAUGCAGGCUACUUCUUCCAUCAGAAAGGACUAGGGAGACUUACGUGAGAUUGAGGAGCAGAGCACCGUCCCCGCUGAGCGCCGGGGAUCUCCUUCCGAUCAACUUUGGCGCCGUUUCUGUGGCCUCUCGCGCCUUUUUCCCUCGCUUCCCUCGUCUCCCUCUCGCUAGCGUCGGACUGGGCCGAUGGGCCGCUUACUUCUGCCCACCCGAGCGAGAAAGCUGGCGCAGGCUGUAGUUUCUGCUCGUAUCGUUCGAUGGCUGAUGGACGGUGCAGCGCGAAGGACGUCCCUCGGCAGUAGAACUUCCUAAGUCAGAGGAUCUCGUUCCUCCGCCGCCGCCGCCUUUCAUCCUGCUAGGCACAUCAGGGCUUCCAGAAUUGAUUCGCGUUCGGUGGGUCUUAGCUAGAGGUAAAAUUUGGAAUUGGAGGCAUACGGGAUUUGAUUCCGCUACUUCAGUCAGGAUACUCGACUACUGCCUCGCCCGGUUAAUUUGGCGAGGACGAUGAAUCGUGCGUUCGCCAACGUCAUAGUGCGCGAUUACGGCAGUAAAUUUUACUCGCUGCUCCGGGUCAACCUCAAGCAGCAUCUCUUCCACCGCUCAGCAGCAGCAGCAGAAAAGGCGAGUAACAAGAAGGGACUGCCAUCGGCGAUCCCGAGCUUGGAGCCUCUGCCCGAGCACAAGAUCAACUUCUCGACGCCGCCAUUCAUGGAGGGCGCAACGUACUUGCACUUCUUCUCCCUGCUGAAAGGGCAGGCAGAGGGCCGUGUCAUGUUCGCCGACCCUUGCGCCAAUCCCGUGAUGUACGACAUUGACAUGGACGCCGUCAUCGCCAUGCCCGAGACUAACUUCAGCAAACAGAGGGACUCAAUCUCCUUGUCCAUGACUAGGCCUGGGAGCCAAGACGACGAGCAGCACUAUGUCUUGAGCAAAGAACCGGAGAAUGUCUUGUUUGAGGUCUUGGAGUACGAGAGGAACGGCUCCGCCAGGGGUCCAUCCGCUGGGACUGAACGGAGGUGGCACUGGCAACAUCUGCCCUCGCCGCCGAUGCGUGGACCGUACCUGCCUAGCCUCCACAGGAGAGAGGUCAUCCACCCCUCCGCGGCGGCGGUGGUCGAUGAGACGACUUUGUGUGUGUCGUCUGUGGAAACCGGAGCCUAUGCCUUUGACACGGUGAAAGGUGAGUGGAGGCAGGCUGGAAGCUGGGCGCUGCCCUUCCAUGGCGCGGCGGAGUACGUCCCUGAACUCGGCCUCUGGUUUGGAUUCAAUGCUACCAUUGGCAACACCCACCACUGCCUGGGUGCCUUCGACCUGUCUUCCUGGCCGCCGGUGGAGCACCGCAGCUGGAAAUAUCUCGAUCCGCUGUCCGACGAGUGGUCGACAUGGCAGAGGCACCUACUCAACCUUGGCUCAGGCAAGUUCUGCAUCGCCACCAGCUUUCAAAAUAUCGAGUGGCACACACCAUGCUACCCUUUACACGGGCUAGAUGAUGAGAUGGUGGUCAAUGACCUUACCAUCUUGACGGGCGUCGAGGUUGUGCGCAGUGGCGACGGGCUCAAGAUGAUCAACCACAAGUCUAAACGUCUUGAAGGCAUUGAAAUCCACUGCGUUCUCUGAGCCAACACUCGUCUGUUUCUUCGGGACUAGAUGUGUGUGGGGUUCAUUUCUUCUGGGAUCGUAACGAAAUUAUAUGCUAUGGCCAUGAACAAAACUUUGCAGGAUGCGCAUCUGUCCUCGUAUAUAAGAUUCUCUAUUUGAAUCUUAAAUGACUGAAUCAAAAUUAUCAAACUUUUUUUUGCCUGUGUGCAGCUGGCAUUUUACUCA